CACAACCAAUUAAACUCUCUUUAAAUUGGCAUUUAAACAAAAGCAUAAUCCUAAACCAAUCCCUUCAACUCAAAUUUAGUAAACCAAAUUUUAAAAUGAAAUUUGGAAAGCAAUUUACUUCACAGAUGGUGCCAGAAUGGGAGGAAGCUUACAUGAACUACAAUUUCCUAAAGACUAUCUUGAAAGAAAUCUUAUUUUACCGGCAACAGAGGCUGAAUCAUACAUCUCCAGCAUACCCAUCUCCGAAAAAAGUGAAACUGUCGAAAAGACUCUCGUUUUACAGAGCUUUUAGUGGACUAACUAACCGAUUUGGUAAUUACAAAGAUAGAGAUAACGAUGACGAAGUGAUUCUUGCAAGUGAAUUACAGGAUCAUGAUUACCAAACUAUGUUUUUACGGGCCUCGGAGGAAGGAGCUGAGAAUGAGCUUGUGUUCUUCAGAAGACUUGAUGAUGAGUUUAAUAAAGUAAUCGGUUUCUACAAAGGUAAGGUGGAUGAGGUGGUGAUGGAGGCUGAGGAGUUGAAUAAGCAGAUGGAUGCUCUCUUUGCUCUUAAAGUUAGAAUCAAUGAUCCCAAUUUUCACACUUCAUCUACACCACCAAAUUCAGGUUUAUCGCCACUAGAGGAGAUUCAAGAACAUGAAGAACAACCACAAAGGGACCAAACUAAGAUGGUUUCUUUAGAGAUUCUAAAUCACGUGAAGAUCAAUGUCGCACAAGAAUCUGUAUUGUCAAACUGGAAAACUAUAUUCGGUGGCACGAAAUCUGACUUGUCGUUCAGCCAAGAAGAGUACAGAAUGGCGCAUGCGAAACUGAAACAGGCUUUCAUAGAGUUCCAUAGAAAGCUCCGGCUUUUGAAAAGCUAUUGUUUCUUGAAUCAACUGGCUUUCUCCAAGAUCAUGAAGAAAUAUGACAAGGUGACAUCAAGAAACGCAUCAAAAGCUUAUCUAGAGAUGGUUAAGAAUUCUUACUUGAGUCAAUCUGAUGAGGUUCUUAAACUCAUGGAAAGAGUAGAAGCUGCAUUUAUUACACAUUUUGCCAAUGCCAAUCGAAGCCAAGGAAUGAGUGAUUUGAGGCCAAGAGUGAGAAGAGACAAGCAUCGCGUAACAUUUUUGGUGGGCUGUCUCUUUGGCUGCUCAAUAGCACUUGUGGUGGCAGUCAUCUUAACAAUACACACCAGAGAUCUUCUCAAAAGUGCUGGUCGCGACCAAUACAUGAUUAACAUCUUUCCACUAUACAGCUUGUUUGUAUACAUUGUGUUACAUAUGCUAAUGUAUGCCGCAAACAUAUACUUUUGGAAGCGUUUUCGUGUCAAUUACUCUUACAUUUUCGGGUUCAAACCGAACACAGAGUUGGGUUACAAAGAAGUACUACUUCUAAGCUCUGCUCUUUUAGUACUCACUCUUGCAGCUGUCCUCUCAAAUCUUGAAAUGGAAAUGGAUGAAAGAACUCAAAGUUUCACAACUCUAACUGAACUGGUCCCUCUAUGUUUAGUCACCGUUGUACUAUUGAUAAUGAUCUGUCCGUUUAACAUCAUGUAUCGUGCAAGCCGGUUCUUUCUUAUAGUGACCCUUUGGCACUGUGUCUGUGCACCUCUUUAUAAGGUCAACUUCCCUGAUUUCUUCUUGGGUGACCAGAUGACUAGUCAGGUCCAGUUGCUCAGGACUGUUGAAUUCUAUAUCUGCUACUACGGCUGGGGAGACUUCAAGAAGAGAUCAAACACAUGUAAUCAAAGCAAUGUUUUUGAGAUUUUUUAUAUAUUUAUCGCAGUUAUCCCAUACUGGUUUCGGUUCUUACAGUGCAUACGUCAAGCGUUUGAACAUAAUGACUAUGAUCCUGCCAUGAAUGGGCUCAAGUACUUAUCGACAAUUGUUGCUGUUGUAACAAGAACAAUAUAUGUUCAGAGGAGAGGAAAGACAAUGAGAAUCAUAGCUGCAUCUAGCUCGGGUGUGGCUACAAUUUAUAACACCUACUGGGAUAUAGUGAAGGACUGGGGUCUUCUUGGUAAGGAUUCCAAGAACCCUUGGUUAAGAGAUAAACUCAUAUUACCAAACAAAUCAGUCUACUUUGUCGCAAUGGUAAUGAACGUUAUAUUGCGACUAGCAUGGAUGCAAACAGUUUUAGAUUUCCAUGAAGCUCCUUGGCUUCAUCGAAGCGCGAUGAUAUUUGUAGUUGCGAGUUUGGAGAUUGUUCGCAGGGGUUUGUGGAACUUUUUCAGGGUGGAAAACGAGCAUUUGAACAAUGUUGGGAAAUUUCGAGCUUUUAAGUCGAUCCCCCUGCCUUUUAGCUAUGAGUAUGAGGACAAGGAAUUAUGAUUCACUAGCACAUAAACCAUCAAUAUGUUUUCAGUUUCUUUGUCAUUAUGUAAAGGGUAAAUUGCAUUUUACAUCCUUUAAGCUUAAGUAAAAUUUAAGACGACGUCCUUUAACUAACGAAAUUAUAGGAAGUUCAAAAUUAGGAGAAAGGACUCGUGCGUCCUUCACAUGUAACUAUGUGAGUAUUUACACAACUGAGUAUGAAAGUAUAUGUAUGUGCCAUGAUCGAGUGAAUAUGAGUUUCGUAUAAUGUGGCUAAUUAAAGAGUAAGUUGUUUAGUGAAUUA